AUGGCCAUCAAGUCAACUACUGAGAAGGUGAAAGUUGCCAUUGAUCGUGGUGGCACCUUCACCGAUGUGUGGGCUAGUCUUCCAGGGCAGUCCGACGUUGUUCUCAAGCUGUUGUCGGUUGAUCCCGCCAACUACAACGAUGCUCCAACAGAGGGAAUCCGCCGCGUCCUGUCGCUCUACCGGGGCGAGGAAAUCCCCCGAGGUGUCCCUCUUCCUAAAGGCGAUCUCGAGUCAAUUCGCAUGGGCACCACCGUGGCAACAAACGCCCUACUCGAAAGAAAAGGAACAAAACAUGCAUUCCUUGUGACCAAAGGGUUUUGCGAUCUGCUAAAGAUCGGUUAUCAGUCUCGGCCGCGGCUCUUCGAUUUGAACAUCGUGAAGCCGGAGGUGCUGUACUCGGAUGUGCGAGAAAUCAACGAAAGAGUCACAAUAGAAGGCUUCGAUGAAGAUCUAGACGGCCUCUUCCAAACCGACCAGGAAAUCCCCGGCGUACUCGUGAAGGGAUCCAGUGGCGACAUGAUCCGCAUCUUGCAGCCGCUGGAGGAAUCGGCUGUGCGCCAAACCCUGAAAGAGUUGCGGUCGAAUGGCGUCGAUACACUCGCCGUGUGCCUCACACACUCUUACGUCUUUCCAGAGCACGAGGAACGAAUCAGGAACCUGGCGGUGGAAGAGGGCUUCACCCAUGUUUCUCUGUCGUCGUCUGUCGCUGCGAAGAUGAUCAAGAUGGUUCCACGAGGAAGCUCGGCAUCUGCAGAUGCGUAUCUCACGCCUGAAAUUAAGAAAUAUCUCCGUGGCUUCGCCAAGGGUUUCCAGGAGGGGAACCUCGACGGCGUCCGCUGCGAUUUCAUGCAGUCGGAUGGCGGGUUGGUGAGCCACGACAGUUUCAGUGGUCUUCGGGGCAUUCUCAGCGGGCCUGCCGGAGGGGUCGUGGGUUAUGCCCGUACAUCCUACGACAUAGGAUCCCAAACACCCGUCGUGGGCUUCGACAUGGGCGGCACAUCCACAGAUGUCUCACGCUACGGGGGUACCUUCGAGCACGUCUUCGAGAGCAAUACCGCCGGCGUCACCAUCCAGAGUCCCCAGCUGGAUAUCAACACCGUCGCAGCAGGUGGCGGAUCGAUCCUCUUCUGGCGAAACGGACUCUUCGUUGUAGGCCCCGAGAGUGCCUCUUCACACCCAGGCCCGGCUUGCUAUCGCAAAGGCGGUCCUUUGACGGUGACAGAUGCCAAUCUGUUCCUGGGGAGACUUAUUCCAGAUUUCUUCCCCAAGAUCUUUGGCGAAGAUGAAUGUCAGCCACUCGAUUCGGAGAUUGUAAAAACAAAAUUUAUUGCGUUAACUGACCAGAUCAACCGCGAGACUGGCAAGUCUCUCAGUCCCGAGGAGGUUGCGUGUGGAUUCUUGGAUGUGGCGAAUGAAGCCAUGUGUCGACCGAUUCGCGCUUUGACUGAGGGCAAGGGAUAUGAUAUUGCGCACCACAACUUGGCCGUGUUUGGAGGCGCAGGUGGGCAGCACGCCUGCGAUGUGGCCAGGACCCUCAAAAUCUCCACGAUUGUCAUCCAUAAGUUUUCAAGUAUAUUGUCUGCAUAUGGAAUGGCGCUGGCAGACGUGGUCCAGGAGGCCCAGGAGCCCGUGAACGAGACAUAUAGCGAUUCCUCUCGUGGUCGGCUCGAAACUCGACUUUCAAUACUGCAAAAACGAGUACGAGAACAGCUUCUCCGCCAAGGUAUCUCAGAUGGUGACAUCUCGUACGAGAUGUACUUCAACAUGAGAUACCAGGGCACGGAAACCUCGAUCAUGGUCCUGCAGCCUUCCAACGGCGAUUUCAAAGCCGAGUUCCAGAAAACCCAUUUGCGCGAAUUUUCCUUUAUCUUCCCAGAUGGCAGGCCCAUUUACGUUGAUGACGUGCGAGUGCGAGGCAUUGGAGCUAGUGGCCGCAAAGAUUGGGAUGGUCAGCAGCUAGGAGAGCAACUGCGCAAUGUAAACUUCCAGCCGGCUUCAAAUAAACUUGCCGAGCGAAUGGUUUCGAUGUACUUCCAAAAUGUCGGAUAUCAAUCGACCCCAGUGCUGCUGCUCCAGAACUUGUCACCUAACCUCUUGGUCGAAGGGCCUGCGGUGAUUAUUGACCAGACACAAACUCUGGUCGUGACCCCUGGCGCUGUAGCAAAGGUCCUGGCCUCGCACAUCGUUAUUGACAUCACCUCUACAACAGCGACAACGGUGAAAGAACCAUCUGUAGUAGAUCAUAUUCAGCUCUCAGUCUUCGGGCAUCGGUUCAUGAGCAUCGCCGAGCAGAUGGGCCGCGCUCUUCAGAAAACAGCCGUGUCUCUCAACAUCAAAGAGCGCCUUGACUUUUCAUGUGCGCUUUUUGGACCCGAGGGAAACCUCGUUGCAAAUGCACCCCAUGUCCCUGUUCAUCUUGGCUCAAUGAGCUAUGCAGUCAAGUACCAGCACCAACUGCACAAAGGGAAAUUGUCGCCGGGAGACGUUCUCGUCGCCAACCACCCCGAAACUGGAGGAACCCAUCUCCCUGACAUCACGGUCAUCACACCAGUAUUCGAGAAGACCGGCUCAACGGUAGCCUUCUACGUCGCCUCGCGCGGACACCACACCGACAUUGGCGGGCUCGGCGGCACAUCCAUGCCCCCGAACUCGACCGAGCUGUGGCAAGAAGGCGCGGCAAUCCGGUCGUUCAAGCUCAUUCGUGGCGAGACGUUUGACGAGGAAGGCAUCACAGCCAUUCUCCAGAGCCCCGGCGAGUACCCCGGGUGCACAGGCAGCCGACAUAUCGCAGACAACAUCUCAGACCUGAAAGCACAGGUCGCAGCCAACCACAAGGGGAUGGUAUUGGUCCAGGCGCUGAUCGAGGAAUACCGGUUGCCAGUAGUCCAGCUGUACAUGAGCGCCAUCCAAGCGAACGCCGAGCUAGCCGUGCGCUCCUACCUACAAUCCACGCUCUCGCGGCUCGGACCGCACCUCUCAGCCGUAGAUCAGAUGGACAACGGGUCAUUAAUCAGGCUUUCGGUCAGCAUCUCCGCAGACGGGUCAGCAGUUUUCGACUUCACAGGCACAGGCGUCGAGAUGCUAAGCAACAUCAACGCACCACCUGCAAUAACCCACUCAGCCAUCAUCUACACAAUGCGCCUCCUAAUCGGCACAGAUAUCCCCCUUAACCAAGGCUGUCUCGCCCCGAUCGACGUCAUCCUCCCCAAGGGAUCAUUCCUCAACCCGUCCGCCGGCCCAGCCGUCUGCGCCGGUAACACGCAGACCUCGCAGCGGCUCGUCGACGUCAUCCUGCGCGCCUUCCACGCCGCUGCCGCCUCGCACGGCUGCAUGAACUGUCUGGGUUUCUUCGGCGAGGGUGGCACCGACGCCGCGGGCAACAAGCUGCAGGGCUAUGCGUACGCCUUUGGCGAGACGAUCUGCGGCGGCUCAGGGGCUACGGUGGCGCAGGCGGGUGCGUCUGCUGUGCACACCCACAUGACCAACACGCGUAUCACGGACCCGGAGAGUCUGGAGAAGCGGUACCCCGUCAUCCUGCGGGAAUUUGCUAUCCGGUGUGGUACCGGUGGUAGGGGGUAUCAUGAUGGUGGGGACGGCGUGGUGCGCGACAUCGAGUGUCGGGCGCCGCUGAGCUUUAGUGUCAUUACUGAGCGCAGGAGUGUUGCGCCGUAUGGGAUGCAGGGCGGUGCUGAUGGGGAGAGAGGCGCUAACUACUGGGUGCGGCGCGUCGAGGAUGCUUCCGGUGGCAUCGAUUGGCGCUGGGUCAAUAUGGGGUCGAAGAAUAUGGUCCGCAUGCAGACUGGGGAUCGUUGUGUUAUCCAUACACCUGGUGGCGGAGGCUGGGGCUCACCUUCUACAAAUGGAUCUGUGAAAACUGUGCCCAAGAAGAUGAUACUGGCGCAGUAUCCGAGAGCAGGCGGCAGCGUGGCUGCCUAUGCUGCGGCUCAAGAAGCGUCCAACUGA